UAUCUUCUGUGGGAAAAGGUAACACGGUUCCAAGACACGCGGUGCAACAGGCCUUCGUAUCGCUUCCAGAUGAAGGCCCGACUCGCAACGUUGACCGUUUUUGCUGCGGUCUUGAUGCACUUUGCACACUGUGCCGAUACAGAGAUUCCCUGGUGCUAUCAUUUAAGUUCCUGCAAUGACAGUGUUUGGAUCUCAAGGCCAUAUGGCGUAUGCAACGAAACCCGGCAGUCACCUAUAGACAUUGAAACGACAAAGGUGAAGGUGGAUGCCAAUUUGACUGCUUUCACAUUUGGUGGCUUCGGCAAUAACCGCACUAUGAAGGAGAUUACGAACACAGGCAGGACAGUGAAGGUGACGCUUCGUGACGGUCUUGUGACAGUUUCUGGAGGGGGGUUAUCCACCAACUAUACUUCUCUGCAGUUCCAUUUGCACUGGGGCAAUGGUACCAGCAUCCCUGGAUCUGAACACACUGUGGACAAUAAGAGGUACCCCAUGGAGCUCCAUAUAGUGAGUAUUAAAUCUGAAUUCAAUGGCAUGACGUCCCAGGCACUGACAGACCCUGAAGGAGCUGCAGCUCUCGGAUUCUUUAUAGAGGAAGGAGAUGGCACUGAACAACCUGCAAGCUGGAAAAUCCUUACCAAUUAUCUUGCUAACAUCACAAAUAGUGGUGACCAUGUAAAUAUCAUUGACGAUCUCUCACUUGAUGAUCUUCUGGUGGGAGUGGACCGUACAAAGUACUUUCGGUACCUGGGUUCUCUGACCACACCAACUUGUGAUGAGAUCGUGGUAUGGACUGUAUUCAAGGAUCCAAUCCGAGUGAGCAGAGACUUGAUUGAUCUCUUCCCAUCUGUCUAUUUCAACACUUCCUCCAAUUCUCCUCUAAUGACCAACACCUUUCGAAACAUUGUGGAAAUCAAUAACAGAACGGUGACGACCCCUUCCUCUGCUGUAUCAAAAUCCUACAGCACAUUUGGCCUCCUUGCUUCCCUUGCCAUGUUGCCUCUGCUCCACAGAACAUAGAGCCUGACACACACUUGCAUGCGCACACGCACACGCACACGCACACGCACACGCACACACACACAAGACCAGUUCAGGCUUUGGGGAAUUUGAGUGUGUCCAGUUGGCUGGAACCCUGCUUAACUUGCUAAAAAAGUGCCCUAUUCCUGCUGCAAGCUGGUCGACAUGGGUUAAAAAUGAAUCCGACUGUAUAUUCAUCUUAAUAUCUAGCUAUAUCUGUAAUGAACUAUUUUUAUCAUUCAAUAUUCAAUAAUGAUUCUGCAAAUAACUUGUUUUUGAUGAACAUUUGAAAAUUGUUAAUUUGCAUUCCAUGGAAAAAUGACCUGUAAAUAAUUUCAAAUAUUCAAUAUACAUGAUAGCUUUAAUAGUGAGUAAGAUUCAUUUCCUUAGAGUCUGAAUAAGAAAUCUAAUAUCUCACAAGGUUGCAAGGGUGCAAUUUCUUCGCACAUCUGCUUCAUACGAAUUGUAUUUUACAAAAAUAAAUUCUCAAAUGUG